CCGGGGCGGGUGGCUCGCGGGUCCAUCACAGAGCAGCCAGUUACACAAACGACUUUCCCGUCAGAAACAGCUUCGUCGCUCAUCUUUACUCGCUCUCUCAACACUCACACACUCAACCGGUACAUCUGAUUCUUUUGUGAAGGUUGGCUGUGAGGUUAUGCGUGUUUCGUGCCUUCACUGCUCGGUGUUCCAGCACCGCGCCCGGAUGGAAAUGUGUCUUCCGGGGAAAAGCUGCUUUCAGCCAACGAGACAGCGAGCACAACGCGCCGCACAGCCUGGACAUCUGCAACUUUCAACAGAAGCGAGUGCCUUUCUGAGAACGCAUGCGGUUUGAGACGCAGAUCAAUGGCCAGACCUAUGCGUCCCAGAGGGGAGAAGAGCCGUGGAAAAUCUGACAGAGGCCCGUAAGAACUCAACCCCCUAAUUUUGCUAUUUCAUUCUGAUCCCAGUGCCGUCAUUCAUGGCUGUGCACUCAGAGGCGGGUCCGUUGCACGUGCAGACGGUGGAUGAGCCACCGGGAGGCGCUACCGUUACCGUCGCCGCCGCAGAGUUUCAGGUCCAAACGGUGCUGGAGAGCGAUGGCGAGCUCAGCGAGGAUGACCUGCAGUCGGGCGCUGGAGCUCAAACACCGGCAGCGGGUGAUCCGAUCACAGAGAUCGAGAGCGAGGAGGGUGCGCGGCCAGGGACGGACACACCGGCCGAGGACAUCGUCGGGCAGAGCGCGGGGAAAAUGGAAACGGUGGGCUCCAGUUGCAGCAGCGAGAGCUGCAUCCCGACUCCAGGCUGUCGGAUCUGCUUUCAAGGAGCCGAGCAGGGGGAGCUGCUGAGCCCGUGCCGCUGUGCCGGAUCUGUCCGACACGCUCAUCAGCAGUGUCUGCUCAAGUGGAUCAGUGAGAAGGGCUCCUGGAGCUGUGAACUCUGCAACUAUAGAUUCAACAUCCUGCCUAUAUAUAUCAAACCACCACAACAGUGGCAGACUGUCACCAUGACUCUGGUGGAGAAGGUUCAGGUUAUUGCAGUGUUGCUGGGUGGCAUCUUCCUGUUGGCCAGUGUAUCAUGGCUGCUGUGGUCAGCACUGAGCCCAGAGGCACUAUGGCAACGCAGUGACAUCCUGUUCCAGAUCUGCUACGGCAUGUAUGCAGUCAUGGACCUUGUGUGUAUCGGUCUGAUUGUUCAUGAAGGUGGUGCUGUGUACAAUGUGCUGAUGCGCUGGCGAGCUGUUAAUCUCUUCUGGGACGUCCAGAACUACGAUAAAAGCCGAGACCUGGAGAACACACACAGCCCGCACCGUAACCUGUGGCUGCCUCUCACACACACACAUACAGUCUCCAACACACACUCACAAACCACCCGACUGGAGUCAUCGCCUCGAUGCCCCCUUCGCCUCCUCUCCAUGUGCCUGAACGUGACCUCUGACCUCUCACCGCAGGAGCAAGGCUCAGGCGAGCUGGUCGUUAGGGUCACGUCAGUUUGACACCAAAUUAAACUCAUUUAGGGAGCAAUCGAACAUCCUUUGUGGGAGUGGCUAACUAGUGGGAGGAGCCUCUGUGUUGGGAGGAGCCUUACUAGAAAACCACUUUAGAAGAUACACAAACUGAAUUGAAUACAGAAUGAUGUUGUACUGCAAACUGAACAGGUGUUUCCAGCCUGAAGUUCAGCCUUUGAGCAUCGAAGUAAGACUGCAAAGCUCUCCGCACACACACAGACUUAUAAAAAAAUUAUAAUGCACACAAAAUGUAUUACUGCUGUUAGACGAAUGAAUGAACUGUUUUUAUGUUCAGGUUUUUAAUAAUUUCAGUACUGAUAAACUACAGCUUAUCACAGCUUCUGUUCAUUACGCUUCAUCUGCCAUAAUGUAGAGGUACCACAGUUACAGGCCUUUUCACAUUAAGUCCCAUUUCCACUAUCUCAGACCCAGACAUACGCGUGCGAUCGUUACAUUUUGUUCCUUGUGGCAGCCGCAUGGUAUUUUCAAAUUGGUUGUGAAGCAGCAGUUACCCUUGCUUAUUCACCAUGGUAAAAAAAAAUAAAUGAAUGCAUAUCCAUACAAAACAAAUGAGCACCGAUAACGACAACGCUGCUGAAAACAUUGAUUUCACAAGUAAGUAGUAUAGAAAAUUUGCAAAGGGGUAGCAAAAGUCGUUGAGAAAUGUAAAAAAAAAAUUAAAUACCAAAAAAUUAUUUAGGUUUAUGC